UCCGAUGCUGCACCAUUGUUCCCCUAGCAGCCGGAAGGAGUGCUUGUCAAAGCACUGCUAUAUGCGACAAUUGUGCUGGUUAGUCCAAUACUACUCGGGAAAUCCGGUACCGGUUUUUAAUGAUCUCACAGCAGUGGAGGAUUUCCGCAGAGGAAAAACUGGUUUAGGGAAUUUUUUUUAAGUCCAUUGAGAGAGGGGCGUCAUUGACUGGCUGGAUACUGAUUAUAGUAACGAAAUGAAUGAACAGAGGCGGGUCGCUGCAGUGUAAUAUAUUUUGCUAAAGGUGCAGGCCAUGAGUGGAAUACUGAAGAGGAAAUUUGAGGAGGUGGAAGCCUCCUCCUCCUCCCCGUGCUCUUCCUUGCGGGAGUCUGAUGAUGAGGUCUCCUGCAGUGAGAGUGGGGAUAGCAGUGACAGUGUCAACCCCUCUGCCUCAGGCCCGUUCACCCCUGAAUCGAUAUUGAAGAGAGAGAAGCGCCUGCGGACGAGGAGGGUGCAUUUUGAGAAUGUGACUGUGUACUACUUCAGCCGGCGGCAGGGCUUCACCAGCGUGCCCAGCCAGGGAGGCAGCACGCUGGGCAUGUCCAACAGGCACAGUUGGAUCAGGCAGUACUCCCUGGGUGAAUUUGCUGUGGAGCAGGAGAGGAUCCACAGAGACAUGCUCAGAGAUCACCUGAAGGAAGAGAAACUCAAUUCAAUCAAACUCAAGUUGACUAAGAAUGGCACGGUGGAGUCUGAAGAGGCCAACAUGCUCACAGCAGAGGACAUUUCUGACGACGACAUCGAUCUGGACAACACCGAGGUUGACGAGUACUUCUUCCUGCAGCCUCUUACCACUAAAAAGCGUCGGGCCCUGCUGCGCUCCUCUGGGGUAAAGAAGAUUGACGUGGAAGAGAAACAUGAACUGCGGGCGAUCCGGAUGUCCAGAGAGGACUGCGGCUGUGAUUGCAGAGUCUUCUGUGACCCAGAGACCUGUGCCUGCAGCCUCGCAGGGAUCAAAUGCCAGGUGGACCGUAUGUCAUUUCCAUGUGGCUGCACAAAAGAGGGCUGCACCAACUCAACUGGGAGAGUGGAGUUCAAUCCCAUUCGUGUUCGGACCCAUUUCCUGCACACCAUAAUGAAGCUGGAACUGGAGAAGAGCCGUGAGCAACAGCAGGUGUCCCCCAACAACGGUUACCGUAACGAAACUAACGACCUGGGAGGCGGAAACCCUCUGGUUCAGUCCCAGCACAGGUUGGAGUACUCUCUGUCGGACAACGUUCCACAGACUCCCAGCAUGCACCUGCAGGCUGCGGACGAGAUGGAGGAGCAGCUAGAUGACGAGGACGAUGAAGAAGAUGAGGACGAGGAGGAAGAGGAGAACGAAGACGACGAUGAGGACGAGGACAGUAGCAGCGUUUGCAGCGGACUGUCUGACUCCAGCACCCAGAGCUUGGCCAACAGCGACUCUGAGGACGAGGACGAGGAUGAGGAUGAUGAAGAUGAAGAGAAGACAAAGAAGUUUCAGAGCGACAUGGCGACUCCGUCGCUGUCUCACACUGAGGUUGUCCCCUUGUCCUCUGUGCUGUGUUACAACGAUGGCUCUGUGGCUCAUGAUAACCACAUGAACGGAAACACUUAUUUAAUCAACUCCUCCCCAGCUGAGUACUAUCAGCUGGGGAGCUCCACUGCGGACUCUAAUGGCCAAACCAGCCGACCCAGUGAACCCUACGGGGAAGCCUUAGCAUUCCAAGAGCCAGUCGGCACGACCAGCGGCAGUGCGGCCCAAGGACCAUUCAACAUGUCUGCCGAGCAGUACACAGACUACUCUAAUCAGGCUGAGGAACAAUUCGCAGCUAAUCACCAUUUCACUCUGACCAACGGUGCUGCUGCUGCCCCCCCUUGAUCCUGCUACACGGCAGAUCAGGAGAAGAAGGAGUCGUCCAAAGCAGCGUUUGUGGAGCAGCCUGACAGCCAGAACCAGACACAGUUUCAAAACUACCUGAACAAUAACACCCAGGGUUCCUACAGCAGCUCAUGUAUGACAACUGAACAGCCACAGCAAGAGUCCACUGUUAAUGGCCAUUCUGACCUGACCUUACUAGGAAACAACACUAAGAACCUCCCUUUACCAGAACCCUGCCCCGAGGUCACAGCCAUUUAAUGGGCCUCACCUUUUGAAGUGUUCUUUCAUUUUUACGUCUAUACUUGAGCCUGACCAAGCAGUAUUUUAAGGGAACAUAAUCAUGGCCUUUUUUUGCAUUAUCUGACCUUAAAUUUCAAAGCAAUUUACAGCACCGUAGUACAUUGUCACUUGUAACUACUGUAUAAAGCCAUAGGGUUGUGAUGGAAAUGUUUAAAUGAUCCGCUCCUGAAGGUUUUUUCCACUAUAGUGUGUGCUUAAAUUGCAAAAUGGAACAAAAACAUUUUAAAGCAUCAGUUAUGUCAUGCCGUGCAAUGUAUCUUGUAAUUUCAGAUGUAAAGUUCUAGUUUUAAGCAGAUAUUGUACUGUAGAUGGAACUUUUCUAUGUCUACUGUAUGUGUCAAAUGUGCAAAAAAGGUUUAUCGUCGGUUUAUUUAUUGUUUCGGAAUUAUGUGUAUACUUAUAUAUUGUAAAUGUUUUGAUAACAAUACGCAUGCUGUUUUGGGAAUCUCAGUGGCAUUUGGGGGGGGGGGAAUUUACAUUGUUUUAUAUAAAAAUGUGUUGUGUACAUAAUGUACAUUUAUCUUCUUUUUGUCACUGUUAUAAGCUUUUCUAUGGUUUUGAAAAGCAUGAAAACGCCUGAAUUGUUAUUUGUAUCUUUGGAAUACAAUAUCAAUAGCAUAAAAUGUCAACAGCCUUCUGCACUUAUGUGUUGGGGUGCAGUUGCAUGCAGUUGGUUUUAACUGAUGAAUACUUGGAACGGGGGGAAAUGACGGCCCCUCAUUUAUUUCUUUUCUCCACUGUUCACUUUUAGACUAACGUGAUUUGCAGGUGCCACUACAAAUGAAGAUUUAUUCUUUGAAGCAUUUCAUCGAUACAGGGAUAUUAAUAAAGUAGCACUUUGACAUAUCUCCAAAAGUAUUGACCCAAGAUAAUGAGUCAGUAUUUCAUAAAUGAACUGCUUAUUGGAUUUAUGCUUUUAAACACCGUAUAAGCCACAUUCCACUGAUUAAUAACUAAGAUGUUUAUUUAUGUGGCUCCAAUAAUAAUGUUGAUUUGAUCUAUUAAAGUGUUACGUGCAAUAGUUUGAGGAUUUUUAAUUGGCAUUCUCUUUCAGAGAAGAUCUUCAGUAAAGUGGACUGAGAUUUAUUUGAAUUGACUGUCAAGGUACUUAAUAUUGUACUUAGAGCACCAUUAGUUUAAUAAUAAAUAUGCCGCAGUUUUGACAAUUCUAUACGAGGGAAGCAAAUGUUCAAGGUUGACAAUCAAAGCUCAUUAUCAAACAUAAUUCAUAAUAUCAGUAAUUAACAGCUACACAAUAUGAUUCACUGACUAAAAUACAAAUUGUGGUGAUCGCUGAACAAUUGGGAAAGGGGACUGCAAUAAUUUAGUGAAUAGAACUACUGUCAUAUGUUGCUGAAGUUCUUUACCUUGAGCUCUCUGCUCCUGCAUGAAUACAAAUAUUUGUCCCUAAGAGGGAACAUCUCGGUGGUACAAAAGAAGCGUACAGACUGCUUUCAGGCAAUCAGUGGCAUCAACAUGGCCUAUAGUACAGAUUAAUUGUGCCAAAAGCAUACAGUGUGACAAGGCUAGAUACAAUGACACAGCGUACGGUUAGGAAUCCUGUGUUGGGUUUUAUUUUCCAGUAUUUAUUAUGAAUGAUAUAUUGAAAUGUGUAUUUAUUGUGGUUUACUAAAAGUCUGUAUUGAGUAAAUUGCUUCACUAUCUUAAAAUUGUCUUUUGUUUCAUGCUGGUUGUGAGUUGUAAAGCUUAAUGUGCCUGAUUUGUUUAGUUAUAUUUCGUAUUCUGUAAAAUGCAAACGUUUUGCACAAAAUGGUACAAUUUUUGUUCAAUGUGUUUUGGUUUUUCCAACUGUAGAUAGAGCCAACUUCAUUGUCAGUUGUUUCAUUUUUAACAUGGUUUUGAAAUGAAUUUAAUUAAAACUGCUAGCCAACAUUGUA